GUGGCGGCGGCGGUGGUGGUGGUGGAGGCAAUAGUCUGACCACCUCCGUAGAGCGCGAUCUUCGUGAAAACAUUGUAGUAAUGCAGUAGUAUACCGCGGCCGCCGGCGCCUGUAGAACGCUCAGUCGUGUUUUCCAGGACAACUCGAAAUUCGCUGUGACGCUGCUCGCAGUCUCGCAGGAGAAUCUGAGCCUGAUGGUUGGCUCUCCUUUACUCUUGUCUUGCGCGUCCGCACUACCCGAUAUUAUAAUAUUUUAGUGAUUCCUUCUGAUGCAGCUUGCUGCGCUUGUGCGUGCUCGUUGUCCGAUACGUACGAUUUUUUUCCGAAUCAAUUUAUUAUUCAUAAUAUUAUUUUUCUCGAUCGAUCGAUACGCGCCCUACGGAUCCACGCCGGCCAGUCAUUUCGUAUUUCAAGAGGAAGCAGCGGCACUUCGUCGUCACUCGGGCUGACGUUCAUUGACUCCGGCGAGUAACCGUAGCUGCACCGUCGGCUACGGAAAAUACCGCUGACACAUCCAACCAUGGCUCCUCGAUCCCGACCGAAAAAGCAUCCGAUGGAACCCAAAAAGCCGCCUCAAGAUCCGACUCCAUUACAAUUAGGUGAUGAUGUCUAUUGUCUAUAUAUUGAGGAGAACGAAGAUAUAGGGAUAUAUUACCGUGCAAAAAUAAUACAAAUAAUGCCAGAUCCUGACUACCUGAAAGUUCAUUUCUGGAAGUUUCCAAAAGUAUGGGAUAGACCGAUGAAUAAAAAAUGUUUGAUAAGAUUUCACUCUAAAGCAAACACAACAUUUGUCAAGAAUUACAAUGCAUUGAAAUCCAAGCUGCUUAGAGAAAAGAAAAGACUGGAAUUACAAAAAGAAGAGUUGAAAGUAUAUACAGAGAAGAUUAAGAAUGGUCGUGCUCCAGUUCCUGUUAUAAUAGCGGAUCGUUUAAAUUUUGAUCCACUAAAAUUUAAAGUUAUAGUUUACAAUGGAGACAAAAUAAGAUUAGUACCAAAAGAUAUAAAUUCAUCCAAUAAUAUCCAACUUGAAAAUAGAACACAGCCCACUGUUGAUAAAAUAGAAUCAUUUUUAUCUUCUGAACAAGAAAAAAGUGUUCAAUCACUAUUACAACCAUCAAUAAAACUUGCAGUUAAUGAUGAAGAGAAUAAAGAAUCAUUGAUCGUUGAUAAAAACCAUGAUUUUAUACCACUCUUGGAUACUUUUUCAACUAAAGAAAAAGUGGCUAUCAAUGUUUUGGAUAGCAUGUUAACCAAAUCGAAACUCAACAAUUCUCUUCAAAACCAUGAAGUUGUGAACAAACCUGUCAUUUCUGUUGUCGUAAAUAAUGAUACCUCGGAUUUCAAUUAUGUUGCGGAGAAGAGCUCGAUUGAAAAUUCUGUCUGCAAUGAGAUUUGUGAUGAUAAAUCUAAUAACCAACAAAUAUCAAUUGAUGAUUAUUUUACAUCCAAUAAUAAAACUAUCUCAAAUGAAUGUAGUCCUUCUGAAAUGUCAGAUUUAUCAGAAAUAACAACCACGACAAACAAUAAGAGGAAAACAAAUGACUUUGAAGAAGAAAUUAUUGAUGAAUAUGAUGGUAUAAAAAAAAUAAAAUUUCUUAAGAAAAAUUUGAUUAUAAAACAUCCUGACGAUGAUAUCAGUGACUCUCAUUUAGAUCUUGCAUCUGAUAAUAGUAGUUUUGGUUUAGUGAAAAAAAAUCCAACUGAAACUAUUAGUUCAUCAAUUCAAACAACUACAUUAAUAGAUAACCAUGAAAAUAAAAAUACUACUAAUGGUGAUGUUAGUAUUGAAAGAUCAGAUGUAAAUUAUAAAAAUAAUGUUAUUGUUGAAGACCCUGUCCUAAGUGACACUAGAGUUUCACCAUGCAAGUCUACUUUUGAAAAGACAGUUAAUGAUUAUCUAAAUAAGACUGAAGAAGUUGAAAACUAUGAUUAUUCUAAAGUUAAAGAAACUAAUCAAUUAAGGAGUAAAUAUGCCAAUGAAAUAGUGGUCAAAAUACAAUCAAGUGACGAUCAAAAUAUCUUUCCUAAUGUUGAGUAUGAAAAUGUUACAACUUCUAAUGAGGAAAAUGAAAUACAAACUGGUAGUCUACAAGAUUUUACUAAUUCAAUGAGUGUUUCUAUAGCAAAUGAGGUUACAAUUGCUAAAGAAAAAAAGAUAAAUGUAAAUGAAAGCAAACUAAUAAAAGUUACAAAAGAUUUAAUUACAGAAGAGUUAGAGCCUGAAAUAAACUAUGUGCACAUUGAUAAUUUUCACGAAGAGAUUGCAAUUUCUAAAAUCGAGAAUCAAUUAAUGUUGGAUGAUCAGCAAGAUUCAGUUAAUUAUAACACUGAUUCAGUUGGUGAUAAGUCGAUACAAAUUGAUGAUUUUCACGAAGAGAUUAAAAUUUCUAAAAUUGAGAAUCAAUCAAUAUUGGAUGAUCAACAAGAUUCAGUUAAUUUUAAUACUGAUUUAGUUGGUGAUAAGUCGAUACCAACUGAUGAUUUUCACGAAGAGAUUACAAUUUCUAGAACCGAGGAUCAAUUAAUGUUGGAUGAUCAACAAGAUUCAGUUAAUUUUAAUACUGAUUCAGUUAGUGAUAAGUCGAUACCAAUUGAUGAUUUUCACGAAGAGAUUACAAUUUCUAGAACCGAGGAUCAAUUAAUGUUGGAUGAUCCACAAGAUUCAGUUAAUUUUAAUACUGAUUCAGUUGGUGAUAAGUCGAUACCAAUUGAUGAUUUUCACGAAGAGAUUACAAUUUCUAGAACCGAGGAUCAAUUAAUGUUGGAUGAUCCACAAGAUUCAGUUAAUUUUAAUACUGAUUCAGUUGGUGAUAAGUCGAUACCAAUUGAUGAUUUUCACGAAGAGAUUACAAUUUCUAGAAUCGAGGAUCAAUUAAUGUUGGAUAAUCAACAAGAUUCAGUUAAUUUUAAUACUGAUUCAGUUGUUGAUAAGUCGAUACCAAUUGAUGUUUUUCACGAAGAGAUUACAAUUUCUAGAACCGAGGAUCAAUCAAUGUUGGAUGAUCAACAAGAUUCAGUUAAUUUUAAUACUGAUUCAGUUGGUUAUAAGUCAAUACCAAUUGUAGAUUUUCACGAAGAGAUUACAAUUUCUAGAACCGAGGAUCAAUUAAUGUUGGAUGAUCAACAAGAUUCAGUUAAUUUUAAUACUGAUUCAGUUGGUGAUAAGUUGACAGAAACCAAUUAUUUUGAAGAGGCUAUGACUUCUAAUCAUAACGAACAAUUAAGGUUUGAUGAUCAACCAAAUUCAAAUCAUACCGAUGGUAAUGAUCCAAUUGGUAAUGAUCAACCCGAAGAAGUUUUAACUGGAAAAUUUGAGCAACAUAUAAGAAAGGAUUUUCAAAGUUUUAUCAACUCAAUAGAUUUUUCAUCUUUAAAACUAAAUUGUUUGACAGGUGACCUGAUGCGUUUAAAUUUUAGUCGAAGAAAUACUGAAAAUGAUAGUGGAGAAAAUGGUUUAUCUGAAUUGGAGAUCAAUGAGCUACGUAGAAAAUUGAUUUUCUAUCUUGCUGAAAAAUCUAGGUUAAGAAACGCAGAUAAUUUGAAUGAAGUUAUUACUGAUACCAAAUUUGGAAAUGAUAUAAUAGUAGAAGGUACUAUUAAUUUUGAAGGUGUCUUUAGACUGCCAAAUCUAAUAUCAGAUACAAAUUGUAAUUCAUCGUUAAUAUUAUCAACAACACCAACAAUAACAACACCGUCAAUCACUUCUGAUAAAAAUCAUGAUGAUGUAACAGCUAAUAUAGAUUUCAUUCCUAAAGAAACCCAUGUACUAAAUGAGAGUUUAUCUUCCAAAACAAGUGAACCAUUAAUACCAACACCUGAUCUGUUGAAAAUAAAUACAAAUAGUUGUAUCCAAAGUGACAUUACUGAAGAUUUGAUCUCUAAUGAAUGUUUGACUUCAAAUGAAAUUAUUAAUCACCUUAAUCAUUUUGACACUAAUAUUUCAACAAUAUCAACAACUAAGUCAAAUUCUAUGACUUAUAUUAACCAAGAAGACAGAAUAAUAGAGGAUCUAAUACCUGAUAUGGACCGUUCAUUAAAUAGGAGUUUUCCUCCCAAAACAAGUGAACCAUUAAUACCAACAACUGAGCUGUUGGAAAUAAAUACUGAUAAUUAUCUUCUAAGUGACAUAACUAAAGAUUUUGCUUUUAAUGAUUGUUUAACUUCUAACGAAAAUAUUAAUCAUCUUAAAACUAAUGUUUUAACAAUAUCAACAACUGAGUUGGAUAUUAAUGACCAAGAAGACACAAUAAAUGUAUUUGACACAACUAAGAAGAUUAAUCCAGAUGAAGUAGAUGUUAAUUUUAUCACAGGUAAUAUUGAUGCUGAUUAUGAUCAAGAUUUUACAUCAAAUGAUAGUUUCAUUUUAAACAAUAUCAAUGAUUUUGAUACUGAAAGUUCUUCAAGUUCGUCAAUGUCAAAAAAGAAAAUAAUAAAUAAAAAGAAAGUUAAAGAUCAAAAAAAUAAAUAUAUUGAUGGAGAAGAUCAUGUCUGGAAAGAAAAAACAUCUUCAAUUAUUGACUCAACAAAUAAGGAUAUCCUUAAAAAAUACAAACCAACUAAGGGAGAAGACAACAUCCAGAAAGUAAAAGCAUUAACAUCAACAAACGAGUCAAAAAAUUAUAUUUAUGAAAAAAACAAAGCAACCCCAGGUCUAUCAGUUAGUUACUUAAACCAAUCAAAACUCUUUGAAAGACUUCUAAAAAGCAAACAAAAGGAUCUAUUAAUAAAUUCUAAUUCUGGUGAUAAUGAUAUGGUUGCUACGAAUAAUCAACAAGAUCUUAGUUCAAAUGAUAGUUAUGCAUUUAAUCAAAUCGAUGAUUUCGAAACUGCGUUUUCUUCUAGUUCAUCAUUAUCAACACACAUGUCUAAAAAACAAAAUAAAUUUAAAAAUGCUAAAAGUGAAAAUGUUGAUGAUCAUAUUCAAAGAGUAAAAUCACGUUCAACAACACCAAUAAUCAAUUUAAAUGUUCAAAAUAAAUAUUAUAAGAGUAAAGCAACUAAGGAAGUUGAUAAUUUAAAAAAACCAAAUGUUUAUGAAAAAUAUACUAAAAACAAAUCUAAGGACGUGAAAAUGAAUGCUGAUAAAUAUAAUUUUAAAGAGACAGACUAUAACCAAGAAGUUACUUCUAAUGACAGUUUUAUUGUAAAUGAAAAUAAUCAACCUGAAGCUUCAAAUGUUACAAGUUCAUCAACAUCUGCAAAACUGGCAAAUAAAAAGAAGAAAGUUAAAGAAAAUAAAAAUGAAAUUACUGAUGAAGAAGAUAAUUUUCAAAGAUCAAAAGCAUCAAGUUCAACAACUAAGUCCAACAAUAAGAUAAUUCAUGAUAAAGACGAGAAAUCAACUGAAGGUUUACCAGAUAAUUACCUUAAGCAAUCUAAAGUUUAUGGAAAAAUAUUGAAAGGAAAAUUUAGAGAUUCAUUAAAAUUAAAUGACCAAAAUAAUGUUGGAGCUGGUUAUCAAGAAGAAGAUUUAAUAUCUUAUAAAACUAAUCACCCUGAAGAUUGUAGUUCAUCAAAAUCAUUAAACAUAAUUAAAAAAAAGAAAUCAAAAAAUCUUAAAAAUGACGUUUCUGAUGGAGAAGAUCAUUUUCGAAAAUCAAAAUCAUCAACUACAGAGUCAAGAAAAAGGAUUAACUAUGACAAAGAAAAAAAAUUAAAUAAGGAUGAUUUUCGGAAAUCAAAAGCUUCAACAUCUACAAUAUCCACAACAGAAUCCAACAAUAAAAUAAUACAUGAUAGCCAUUUCAAAUCAACAGAGUGUUUGCCUGUUAAUUACCUCAAGCAGUCUAAAGUUUAUGAAAAAUUGCUUAAAAGUAAAUCAAGAGAUUCAUUAAAAAAUAAUAUCGAAGCUGAUUAUCAAGAUGAUGGAAUUUCUAAUCAACUCAUACCUUACAGUUUAUCAACAAGUAUGACUGUUAAAAAAAAGAAAAAUAAAGAUCAUAGAAAAGUUUUUGAUGAAGAUCGUGUUAGGAUAGAAAAAGCAUCAACUUCGUCAUCAACAACUACUGAGUCAAAUAAGGCAAAUAUGUUUGGGAGAGAAUAUGAAAUAACUGAGGGUUUAGGAGCUGGUCAAAAACUGAAGUCAAAAGGGUUUAAAAAAUAUUUAAAGAAAAAGUCAAAUGAUGUAGAUUUAAAUAGUGACAACGGAGUUAAUAUAGUUGGUGACCAACCACUAGAGUUAUGUUCCAAAAGUUUUAAUUUGAAUAAUAGUAAUGUUUCUGAUACUGCUACUUCAACUAUACAAACAACUGUUAAUAAGAAUACUGUAAAUAAGAAGAAAAUUAAUAACUAUGAAAAUAAAGUUACUGAUGGAGUUGAUUGUAUCAAAGAAGUAAAAGAACUUAAAAAAGAAAUUAAAAAGAAAUCACAUGUUGUAGAUAUUCUCCCCGACAAAGACGAUAAAGUGAUUAAUAACUAUCAACCAAUUCCUAAAUCAAAUAUAUAUCGUACAUCUAAUGGAGAUUGGUCAUGUGGAAGUGCCAGUUCAUCAAAUUCAAUAUCUUUGUCAAAUCCUCAAGCAGAGUCUGAUGAAACACAUACUACAGAUGAUGAUGAUCAGUAUGUUAAAAACAGAAAAAUUUCUAAAAACAAUUAUCAACCUUUUAAUGAUGUAGACCGUAGUAUUUUUGAGGAAUUUGCCACUGAUAAACAAUUUUCAAGAGCAGCUAAGGUAAAAGCUAAUGAAGCAAUAUCGCAGAUGAGUAAACCACUUAUUAAUAAAGAUAAGAAAAAUGAUGCUACAAAACGAUUAAAGAAUGGCAAAAAGAUUAUUGAAUUUGAUCCAUGGUGUGGAAUGUUGACACUGGAAGACUAUAAUGUUAAGUUGCCCAAGUUUGCUCAACAAAUAUUAAUUAUAGAUAAACAUAUGCUUGAAGAUGAUCGUUGUAUUGCAAUCAUACCUUCAUAUAUAACUGUGUUCAAAAUUAUAUGGGAUUAUGUAACUACAACAAAUAAGUGCAUGGAAAUGGCCAUCAUUAUGUUAGAAGCAUUUAAUUGGUCAUUGUAUUUGUGGUUGUUACAUCCACUUGAAAAGACUAAACAUGUUGAUAUACUGACAAGUACUGACAAAUCCAUGUGUCACAUUUAUGGACUUCCUCACUUUCUUAGAUUUAUUAUGAAAUUACCCAAACUUUUCCACCUAGUGAAGGAUGUCAUAGACAGUUUUGUACCUAACGCUGUUGAAUUUAUUAGAGGAUUACUUCUUUAUAUAGAGGAACAGAAUGAAAAAGAACAUUAUCACAUUAAGUAUGAUUCUAUUAUGCCUCAUGAAUACAGGAAUGCAUACUUUGCGUAAAUAUUUGUUGUUCAUCGCACAUACCUAGAUAAUAGUUUAUUACUCUGUAACAUUUUUUUUACACAUUGUAAUGUAUUAUUUUUUUUUUUUACCAUAGUGUUAUUAGUUAUCAUUAUUUGUUGAGUAUAAAGUAGGUUACUUUUUUAAUAUGAAUUCAAAUUAGUAUUUAUUGUUUCCAUUAAGAACAUUUUUUUUAUUGUAAUAAAUAUUUUCUAAUAGUGUUAGUAUAAUAUACUUAUAUAACUUAUUAUUUUCAGCAAAAUUAAUUUGUAUACAUUUUUUUUGUUGAAUUUACACUACUAGUAAUAUUUUAUUUAAGUAAUAAUAUUUGAGUACAAUUAAUUAUUCAAAUUCAAAUAUGUAUAUAUCUCAUGAAUGGCAUAUCUUAUUAUUCUUAUAAAAUUUAUUGUAUCUCGAAUUUAUCUACAAAGAAACUAGUUUGUUUUUAAAUAGAUUAUUUGUGAAAAAUUGUUUUCCAGUAUUCUAUUUAAAUUCUUAUUUUUUUUUUUUUUUUUUUUUGUAAAUUAACUUAAUUAAUUUUUUUUGUUAAAUUAAUUGUACCCAACUAUUAUAACUUCUGUGUAAGUGUACUAAUGUACACUCGGUUACGAGACUGAUAAUGUUUUAUGUUAUUAAAAUAUAUUUCUUAUUAUAAAAGUAUUGAGUAAUUGUAUUAGACUAAAUGUAAAUUUAUUUAUUUAAAAUUGACUUUGUUUACCAAUUAAAUAAGUUAUUAUCUAUGUGUAA